GGCCCAAAUUCCUCUUAAAGAAAUUUCUAACAAACCCUUAAAGAAAAGCCCAAACAAAACAAACGAAUACAGAAAGCAAAGAGCGGCAAAUCUGCUGCUUCUCUGAGCUCUUCUCCGUAUGCGCCACCUGCAAAGAGGAAUUCCGUCUCUCUCUCUCUAACUCUUAAGGAAAAGAACACAAUGAAGGAGAGAGAAGAAGAGAAUUUCGUGACGCCGGGUGAUAUGCUGGGGAAAGCUCUAGAGUUGAAACCUGGCUACGGCGCUUACUUCUCGUCCCACGAUAAAGCCAUAUACGCCUCUCUCACUCCUGCCCCUCCCGACUCCGACGAUUCGAGGGCGACGGUGGAGGUGAAGGGUCACAAGGCACACGGUCCGGUGCCGGAGCCCGGAGUUGUUGUUACUGCAAGAGUUACGAAGGUGAUGGCUAAAAUGGCUUCCGCAGAUAUAGUAUGUGUAGGGCCCAAGUCCGUACGAGAAAAAUUCACGGGCAUCAUUAGGCAACAAGAUGUCAGAGCGACGGAGAUUGACAAAGUAGAAAUGCACUCCUCUUUCCGUCCUGGCGACAUAGUCAAAGCUUUAGUUCUGUCCCUUGGUGAUGCUCGAGCUUAUUAUUUGUCGACUGCAAAGAAUGAACUCGGUGUGGUUUCAGCAGAAAGUGUUGCUGGUGCAACAAUGGUUCCUAUAAGCUGGACAGAGAUGCAGUGCCCUCUAACAGGUCAAACUGAGCAGAGAAAAGUUGCGAAGGUCGACGUCGUCUGACCGGUAGAAGUAGCUGAAAAAUGCAACAUGCGAAGAAAGCCAUUGCAGUUGAGAAAUAGUGGAAAAUGCGCAGUGUUAGCUUCUUAGCUUUGAGUUGAGAGGCUUGAUUUGAGAAGUGUACUAUUUCAGAAUUUUAUAGAAAUCAAUGUUAAAGUUGGCAAUUUACCUUUCUCCUCAAUGCAAAUUCUUUAGUUAUUUAAA